UCUUGUGCUUGCGUCUGUGUCUUCUUUUCUUGUGCUUGUGGGGAGGAGGUUCUGGCGUGUCUUCUUCGGGUGCUGGUGCUGGGGUUGGUGUUUCAAUCGAAGGCGUUGGUGCAGGUGUUGGGGUGCUACUUAGUGGUGAAGGAACAGGUGAUGGUUUUGGUGCUUUCCUUUUGUGUGCAGGUGCCGGUGCUGGUGCUUUUUUGGCUGGUGCUGGCGCUGUUGGUGCUUCGGCUGGUGUGGGGGAUGCUGUUGGAGUAGGCAAUAGUGGUGAGUCAGCUGGUGGUAAUGGCAGUGGUGGAGGUGAAAUAGGUGCUUCUUUGGGUGGUUGUGGUGGUGGGAGUUUUGGAGAUGGGGAUUUUGGACUUAAUGCUGGUGUAAUCUUGGGAACAGGUGGUUUUACAGGUGCUAUUUUUGGGGGUGCUGUUUUGGGAGCGGGUGGUUUCACGGGAGUGGCGGUUGGUGGUAAAUCCUUGGGGACUGGUAAUUUAACUGGAGCAGAUGAUGGUGGUAAAGGCUUGGGAUCAGGUAAUUUUGCAGGAGCAGAUGUUGGAGAAGUGUCUUUUGGAAUUGGUGAUUUCGCAGGAGCAGAUAAUGGAGAUGUAGGUUUUGGAAUUGGUAAUUUCACAGGAGCGGAUGAUGCUGGGGAUAUAGCCUUGGGGACUGGAGAUUUCCCAGGAGAUGAUGUUGGAGAUGAAACCUUAGGAACCGGUGAUUUCACAGGUGCAGAUGUUGUUGGAGAUGAGACCUUGGGAACUGGUGAUUUCACAGGUUCAGAUGAUGUAGGAGAUGAAACCUUAGGAAUUGGUGAUUUCACAGGUGCAGAUGAUGUAGGAGAUGCAACUUUAGGAACUGGUGAUUUACUAGAAGUGGGAGAAGUUGCGACUGGUGGUUUUAUUGAGGGAAGAGGGGUUGCAAUGACAAUGGGUGGUUUCGUGACAGAAGUGGGAGAAGCGGCAGUUGGCAAUUUGGAGGGCGAAGAUGUGGUUGCUGGUGUUGGCUUGAUAGUUGCAGUUGGAGAAGUUGCUGCUGGUGGUUUCUGUGAAGUGGUAGGAGAUGCAGCCACAGCAGGUGGUUGUUUGGCUACUGACGGUGCAAUUGUAGUUGUUGUUGGCAAUGUAGACGGUGCAUUUGGAGUUGUGGUUGGCAAUGCUGAAGGUGCAUUUGGGUUUGUUGCUGGCAAUGUAGAAGGUGCAUUUGGUUUUGUGGUUGGCAAUGUUGAAGGUGCAUUCGGUGUUGUUGUAGGCAACGUUGAAGGUGCACUUGGUGUUGUAGAAGGCAAUGCAGAGGGUGCAUUUGAGGUUGUAGUUGGCCAUGUAGAAGGUGUAUUUGGGGUUGUAGUUGGCCAAGUAGAAGGUGUGUUUGGGGUUGUAGUAGGCCAUGUAUUUGGGGUUGUAGUAGGCCAUGUUGAAGGUGUGUUUGGGGUUGUAGUUGGCCAUGUAGAAGGUGUAUUUGGGGUUGUAGUUUGCCACGUAGAUGGUGUGCUUGGGGUUGUCGUUUGCCAUGUGGAAGGUGUGUUUGGGGUUGUAGUUUGCCAUGUAGAAGGGGUAUUUGGGGUUGUAGUUGGCCAUGUAGAAGGUGUAUNUGGGGUUGUAGUUUGCCAUGUAGAAGGGGUAUUUGGGGUGGUAGUUUGCCAUGUAGAAGGUGUAUUAGGGGUUGUAGUAGGCCAUGUAGAAGGUGUGUUUGGGGUUGUAGUUGGCCACGUAGAAGGUGUAUUUGGGGUUGUAGUUUGCCAUGUAGAAGGUGUGUUUGGGGUUGCAGGUUGCCAAUUGGAAGGGGUACCUUCUGGUGCUUGGGCAUUGAUUGUGGCUAGCGGACGGCUGAGGCUAGCUAAAACCAGUACCCAGAACACCACAGCCAUUGUUGAAGAUGGUUUGGAAGUGAAAAUUAGGUUAUUAUUUAUAGGCAUUAAAAGGUUGAGACGUAAAUGA